CCACCCAGACGCCUAGUUCAAUAUUUGUCCCUCCGUACUUCCCAUGUAAACCAAAGAGCCAAUCCCUCGCGGCAUCCAUCCCUCAACCCAUACACAGGCAGUAAACCAAGGCCCCCUGCACUGCAUACGCGUGCUAACCGAUCCCUCCCAUCGAGGACUGUCAGCCAAUCGCGUAGACUGGCCCCGGGAGCGCACUACGAAAAGGGGGGGCAUACCACGUGCCGCGCAGUGGGUGCAGGGGUGCACUACCUAACCUCCCUCGGUGCGAGCAACCAAUGCACCAUUCCCCCUUCCGCGAUCACCUCCGCCCUCGCAUCAUGGCUUUUUCCUGGCCUCGUAACCGGGCGGCACAUACGGUGAUGCUAUUGAUAUCGUUGCCUUCGUGUCUUCUGGGUUAGUUGUACGAGCCUCCACUCGGAAAACCCAUCGUUCCCUAUCUCCUCACCGGCAAAAAUAUAUCCAUCGAUGCGUGUACGUGCAGUACCGCACGCCUGAUCAUGUAUGAAGAAUACGACGUCAGACGGGCAGCACCAACCGGCCAGCCAGCCACCAGAAGGGGAGGGGAAAAUCUCGAUAUAGCUUCGGUAUCUGGCUGCGAAUGCCAUCUUCCACCACCACCACCACCACCCACCUCUCCCGUGCGCCACGCAUCAAAUAACACAAAUCGUGCCUAGCGAGCGACUGGCCCCCCCUCAUCAUCGCCACGCGCCCAUCACAUCUCAUCUGCCACGAGGCAAGACACGAGGUCAGCACGAGGCAAACGAGGGUUCGCCUCCCAUGUCCCGCCUUUCUUUGGUCAGCCACCACCCACUUGGCCAUACCCUGAUUGUUUCUCCAUGCAGAGGCCACAGGGUGCCGUGGAGGGGUAAACGUGUACGACAGGGAGGAGGGAUGCAAGCAACCACCUCGAUCAAUUCCACCUGCCUUUCUGUACCCAUGAGCCAGCUUACCCGUACCUUGCUGCUGUAGCCUGUGCUGAUUUUGUACGUCAAUGGCUGAUUUUG